UGGGAUUCCUUUGGAUUGUUUUGAGCCCUGCACAGUACUGGUCAGCAGACAAAUAUGGCUGACACUGAAGAGUCUUCAUCUACUAAAGAAAACGUUAAGUUUGAAUUUGUGGAGCCUAAACGGAAAAUUCUACAACCAGCAGACCUCCGGCGAUGGCAAAUGUCCCAGGGAUACCAUGACCUUUUGGGAAUGAUAACCUUAUUUGGAGAGGCGGUAAAAGGCAAAAAACUCUCAGACGAAAAGCAACCUUCUGAGGCAUGCCAGAAAGUUUUGGACAUUCUUGAAUGCUUGAAUAAAUGGAUAGAUGAAAUUCCUCCCACAGAUCAACCACAGAGGUUUGGAAACAAGGCAUAUCGUGACUGGUUUGACAGAAUGGCUGAGAAUGUAAAAUCAAUGAUUGAUGGAAUUCUUCCUGUUGAUCUACAAGGAGCAUCAAUUGAGUUGGAGGCAUAUCUUAAAGAUAGUUUUGGAAAUCGAACUAGGAUAGAUUAUGGGACAGGUCAUGAAUUAGCAUUUGCUUUUUUUCUUUGCUGCCUAUUCAAACUUCGAGUGUUUACAGACYUUGACAAAGAAGUUGUUGUCUUAAAGAUUUUUUUCAGAUAUUUGCAGUUAAUGCAGUUAUUACAGACCACAUAUAGAAUGGAGCCAGCUGGCAGUCAUGGAGUUUGGGGUUUGGAUGACUAUCAAUUUAUCCCUUUCAUAUGGGGAAGUGCUCAACUUAUUGGUCACCCAGACAUCAGUCCAAUGUCAUUUUUAAAUCAAGAUAUAAUCAACACUUAUCACAAAGAUUAUAUGUUUAUUGAUUGUAUAAGAUUCAUAAACACAGUAAAAACAGGACCAUUUGCAGAGCACUCAAAUACUCUGUGGGGGAUUAGCAAUGUUCCCAAUUGGACAAAAGUCAACAAAGGCCUCAUAAAGAUGUAUGAAAAAGAGGUCCUGGCAAAGUUUCCUAUAGUCCAACAUGUUGUUUUUGGUAACCUUAUAUCAGUAGAGCCAGUCGCUCGCUUUAAAAAGCCACUUUAGAAGUURAAAAUAUAAUUUAUUAUGUUGAUAUCUAUAUAAAACUCCUGAAAGAUACAAUGUGCACACAGGCAUGGGUCAGUGUGUAGGGCUGUGUAUAGAGGGUAGUUCUAGCCAGAACCCCUCUUCCUUUACAAAUCAAGUCUUUGAAAUAGACUUAUUAGCCAAAUCAAAAGGCCAGCAUCCAAUAGUCCAACAGUCCAUUUUUACUUGGUAGUUGUUCUCUCUCCUCAUGGCAAACCAAUCAAAAUAAUAAGAUAACAGCCUCUUUUUUCAAGAUAUAUACUGUAAGUUAAAAGUAUGUUUUAUUAGAAAAGAAUCUGCUCUUGAAAAGAAAAACUAAACUCAGUACAGUCUGUCAUAGUAAUCAAGAUCAAAUGCAUAAUUUCAAAGUGUAAAAUAAUUCUAUAAUACAAAGUAAAUUAUCAUUGAUAUGUGUGCUAUACGAAUACAACACAUUAGGUAAUAAGUAUUAUAACCAUUGUCAGACAUGUUUUGACAUAACAUCCACCAUCACAGGGCAGAUGUUAUGAUGAAACAUGUUUAACAAUAAAUAACCUUUGAAUUUUUUUUUUUUUUUUUUUUUUUUUUUUUGUAUGUUUAAUUUUCUAUGUGUUUGUUUUGUCAUUUUCUGUGUUGAAUACAGCUUGACAUCCAGUAAAAACCAAGUGGGAGAAAUAAUACCAGAUGCUCUUUGUGGUAUGUUGACCACCCAUCCACCUUGGUUUCCUGCUAACAGUCUUUAGCAUCUGUUAAUAAUUUUGUAAGAAAUAUCUUUGAUCAGCUCUUGACGGUUUUCUGGUACAAUUUUCUCCAGAUAGUUUUCCUCCUUGCUAAGAAUUUACAUUUUAGCAGGUUCGUUUUKGGGUGGGAAAAGUUGUUGAAUACCUUUCAUAUUUCUUGGCAUGUUGUAUAAUAGGUUCAAAGUUUCUACAUUGUAGCAUAUAUAUUAUAAAAAUGCCAGCAAUUCUUAAGUGUGGUAAGCCAAAUAAGGCGUUAYGGUAUGUGAGUUUGCCCUGCUAUCAAAAGACUAUGACGUCAAACAGCAYAUCUCGUAAGUUUCCGUUUUGUUUUGUCGACAAAUCCGUUGGUAUCGUACAAUUUCCUGACUCACCUAGUGAUCAAUACAAAGACAURUUGUAGUAUUUUGAACUUUUUAUUUGUUGAUAAUCAUAUACAUUUAGAAUUUUUUGAAAUAUUACUUUCACUAAAGUAUUUACAAGCUUUCGGGAUAUAAACGUUUCGACCAUGGUAUCAAAAUUUCACAAAACUUUACGAAACAAGAUUCUUUUUUUUAUAAAAUAUACAAUCUCUUUCAAAUAUCCUUUUUGUUCGCUUGUUGAAGUUGGGCUUUUGUCGU